AUGUCAUCGAGUUUUUGUAAAUCAGAUUGCCAAUCGAAAAUCCAUUCCGAUGAAGCAACAUACGUUUGGACGAUUGAAGAUUUCUAUUCUCACGAGGCCAAAGGCGAAACAUUGAUUUCACCUCCGUUUUCAUCUGUUAAGAAUAAUCAAGUUAAAUGGUACUUAGGACUUCAGCCUAACGGUGUUACCAAUGUAAAAGAUUCUAUCAGUUUGUAUUAUCUAUCUGACGAAAAUAAAGAAGAAGCCAAGCGAUCUCUCAUCAACAUUAGGGAAUUUCGACAUCCUAAGAUUAAGAAGAGCACUGGUUCUAUCGGUUGGGGCUUCGCAGAAUUCAUUAAAAAAGAUGAGAACUUUAGAAACAAGUUGCUAUUGAACAAUACAUUGACGAUUCGCUGUGAAGUGAAGUUUUCUGAUACGAACGGUAUCACUACAAGUACAAGUUUUCUUCAAUGUAAUUGUGGCAUUGAAAUGCCCUGUGACCUCUCUGAAAACAUCGCAUCCUUAUUUGAAAAUCAAACAUUAACGGAUGUUAUCCUUUCCGUGAAUGGUAAAGAGUAUCCUGCCCAUAAGGUUAUAUUAGCUGCUCGUAGUCCUGUCUUCUGCGCCAUGUUCAAACACAACACAAAAGAAAACGAGCUCAAUCGUGUAGAUAUUAAUGAUAUUAAUGAAGCUGUUGUGGAAGCUAUGUUGAAAUACAUUUACACCGGGAAAUGUAAUGAUUCAGAUGAAUUGGUCGAAGGAUUAUUGGUAGCAGCCGAUAAAUACGAUUUGCGUCGAUUAAAAAGUAUGUGUGCGAAGAGAUUAAUCAACAGAUUAUCAGCUGAGAGUGCAGCAAAUGUUCUUAUAUUAGCAGAUAUGCAUCACCUCGAAGAUCUGAAACGUGAAGCGAUCAACUUUAUUGUAGCAAACUUUGCUCAAGUCUUGAACACUGUAGGUUGGAAAAAUAUGCUUGUAUCGAACCCUCACUUGGUGAAUGAUAUUUGCCACCCUGUUGCUCGUGAAUGA